AUGUUAUUAACAGAUCUGCCCAAUGAAAUAUUGGAAAACAUCUUUUAUUUUCAAGUGGAUCCAUAUCAAUUGUUUCAUCAAAUUAUCACUUUUAGAAACAUUAACAAAACAUUCCGAGUUCUGCUUGAUGAUGAAGCUGCUUUUUGGAAUGUUUUGAUGAAUCAAUUGAGAGGAAAGAAUAAUAAAUUUUCAGAUUCCGAUUCCUUCUUUCCAACACAUGCAUUUCAUGAUCAAUUAUUAUUUAAAACUCAUAGAAACAAAUUCAAAGAUUUUACCAAGGAUGAAGAAAGCCAGGUUGUCUAUCUUACAAGAGAUGAAGAAUUAAUUACGUAUGAAUCUGAAAAUGAUGAUAAAUCAAUGAAUUUAUUUGAAAGAUUUGAAGAAUGGAUUAAAAGUUAUUCGAAAGAGAAGGCAUUGGUGUUAAAAGCAAUGAUUCAAUCAUGUUUAGGAAGAGAGAUGAUUUCACACAUUGGAAUGGGUCAAGUCUCAAUUCCUAUUGGAUUGUUUUUUGGCAAAUUAUUUGAACCAGCUGUUAAACUUGUGAAUUCAUGGCAAGAGAAACCAAAAGAAAUUGAAUGGAAUGAUAAAAUCAUUUUUGACAAGAAUUUAUUAGAAAUCAUUGAAACACGAAGUUUGUUUGAUGAAGAUAUUGCGAACUGCUGGAGUGAAUUGGAUGAUACAUACUCUUGCAUUCCAAGAGAUUACAUUUUAUUUAUUAUUGAAAAGUUUCAAGGUAUUAACUGUUUGAAAAAAGAAUCAAAUAACUCAGAUAGUUCAUGUUUAGUAUCUGGUAGUUCAAUCAGUUCAUGUUUAGUAACCAAUAUAAUGAAAAAACUGAGAGUGUGUGGAAUUAAGGUUGAUAGAAUGAGAUUCAGUGAUAUUGGUAUGAAGAGAAAUUAUGAAACAUGUGAAGUAUUUGAUAGUUUUAUACCAAAGAUAUCAAAAGGAUUUUAUUUACAACAUUUGGCAGUUUGGAUAAACAGUUCACAAUUAUUGGAAUGGUGUUUAAAUGUUGGAAAUAAGAAUGAAACAACACUUGCCUCUCUUUCGAAUACAUCAAGUUUGGAUUGUUUGAAUGUUUGUCUUGAGGCACAUGUAAAGACCUAUAUUCAUGAUGGAUGUGGAUUGACAAUUCUUCAUCAUGCAGUCAAAAAGAGAAAUGUUGAAAUGUGUGAAUUGCUAAUUCACAAAUACUUGGCAAAUCCAUUUGUUGAAUCAAAAAUUGAACACAGAGGAAGGAAACUCAACUGUUUCACUCUUUGCAAAAUUGGUGAAGUCAAUUCAGAACAAUCUCAAAUACUUGAAAUAUUGGAAGGAAAAUAUGGACAAGUGAAUAUAACAUUUGAUACAGUGGAGAAAAUCAAAGAUGUCGACAGACCAAACGAUCUUCACAAGCUGAGCUUGGAGAAGGGCAUCUUGUUGGAUGAAGCAGGUGUUGUAGAUGACAAACAUUAUACACCAAUGAAGGAAUUCGUAAUUGUAGAAAAAUCAUUCAAUGAUGAAUUAAUGGAUGAAGAUUCUGAUGAUUCUGACGAAUCUGAUGAAUCUGAAAAUGAGUAUGGAUUGUCGUACGAAUGGGUUGUGAAGGAAAUGAAAAAUGUAAAAGCAUCGAAAAGAAAGAGAAAUCCUCACAAGGAUUACGUUUACAAUGAAAAUUUGAGAAAAUUACGGAAACCUCUUGAAGAACUUGAGCUUGUUGAUUGGAGUUAUAGUAGAUACGAAUAUUUUGACUUUGUUAAUAUGAUGAAUGGAUAUAUGAGUGAACAAGAUGAUGGAAACUUUGUUAAAAUUCUAAAGAGAAAAGCCAAUUCAAUAGAAAAUGAUCAAGAUGACGAACAACCAAAAGAGGUAGUAACUGAAACAACCAAUGAUGAAACAAGUAUUACAAUAGGACCAGAGUUUGUUUUCAGAAAAGAUUUAGUAAUUCCAAAAAAUCAUAUAGGGCCUCUUAUUCAAGAAACUUCACUCGAUUUCAAGUGUGAUAUCAAAAUCAUGCCAAAUGCCAAGAUGUUUAUUCAACAAGCUUGUGAGAAUUUAAUCUCCAACAAUUUCACUCUUGCUGAAGAUAUUGCCAAUUUCUCUGAGAGAGAUUUUAUUAUUGGUGCAGAUGUGUCUUUGGCUGGAUCUUUGAUUACCUCCACAACAAAUUUAGAUUACCAAAGUGUUGAUAGGGAAUAUGUGAAACUUGGAGAAUUUGAAAAUAAUUUGGUAGAAAUAAUGCAAAUUAAUUCAGAAGAAGUAAGAAAUCAACUGGAAAAGUUUAUUCGUGAUGAAACAAUUUUGAACACCUUAAUUGAGAUUAUUGAAGGACAAUUUGAGUCAAGUUAUUUGGAUGAAACUCAAGAUGAUGAAAUGGAUAAAGAUUAUGAAACUGAAACACCAAUCAACUUGCUCAAAAAUAGAUAUGAGAGUGAUACUGAAAGUAGUGACAGCGAAUCAUCAAAUGAGGAAACUUAUUACAGUGAUGACAGUAUGAUUUCUAAUGUAUGCAUUGAGGAAUAUGAUGAUAUUCUUGAACAUGGAAGUGCUGAGCCAACCUAUUCAACCCUUAGUGCACAAGAUUUUUUGACACAACGAAGGGAUGCUAUUUAUUCUGAUCAGCUAGAUCAUAUAACAAUCCUCGAAAAAGAAGGUGACAUACUAAAAAGAAUAACCUUUAAUAGAGAUAGAGAGUCGAAAAUUAAGCAGUUGGAUGGUUAUCAAUAUUACUGA